UGCCUCUGUGUGCAUAUCCAACAUUUCCCAUGCUUUCCGCCCCGACCACAACCUCUUCCUUAACAACCUUCAUCAUCCUCAGCAUCUUCACGCUUGCCUUCUUUCCCGGCGCCUUCCAUUUUGUGCUCUGGGCCCCUUACAAUCUAAUAUUUCCUUCUCCCCAGGAACCUGGCCGCCCCACCAGCGUGCUUUGUGAGAGUCCGAAUUACUGUAUCGCGCCAACGAGGAUGACUUGGUUCCAGAAACAGUUCACCCUUCCGUCGAAGAGUCGUGGAUCAUACCUCAUAACCGACACCAUCGUGCGUGAACUGCCUGAGAUCAAGAACUACAAGGUCGGCAUCCUCCAUCUCUUCAUCCAACAUACGUCUUGUGCCCUCUCCCUAAACGAAAACUGGGAUGAAGACGUCCGGGCUGACAUGUCUGACGCACUUGAUCGCAUUGUCCCUGAAGACAAACGCGGCGGCAUGUAUCGCCACGACGCCGAAGGCAGCGACGACAUGCCGGCACACAUCAAGAGCGCGUUGGUGGGGGCUAGCAUCACGAUUCCGAUCUCGAAUGGGAGGCUGGCGACGGGGACAUGGCAGGGGAUCUGGUAUUUAGAGUUUAGGGCUGCAAAGCAUUCGCGGAGGGUGGUCGCGACGAUCCAGGGGGAGAAGUUGUGAGGGAGAGUGAAUGGUAGAGUGGUAUUGAAGCGAAGCCGAUAUGCACAGGUGGAGUAUACCAACGGCCUUGGGAGAGAUACAAAGUUCCUUCAUUACGGGC